ACCCGGAGGAUAAGAGGAGGGAGGAGCACGUCCAGCUUCCCGCCCGCGCUCCCGGCCGGCUCGGGGCAGGCGCACUGGCGCUGCUCGCUCGCGUCCCCUCCCCCACCUCCGCCGUCGCCAGGGCGCAGGCUCGCGUCUGCGCCGGCGGCUGGGCCCUCGGCAGUCACCCUCUGGUCUCUGCCGGCUUCGCCUUCUGCCUUCUCCCUCCCCGGACGGGCCGGACCCUGGCGGAGCAUCUUGUGACCUUUGACUUAAUUGGUCAUUGAUAUCUCAGCAAGCAUGGAGAUAAGAUUAGAAGUUUUGACUUCAACGAGUAUCAAGCAGAAAAAACCCUGGCCACGAGUCUCCUGGUUGGGACAGGAAAAUGAAGCUGUUUUUCUUUUGGAUGAUAAAUUCAUAAAUGAACUUAAUUUGCUAUCAGGAAGGACAAAGAAGAAAAUUCCCAGUCUCCAGCCUUUGUUGAAGGAUGUUACAGUCCUAACAACGUCCAGUAAUGAUGCCUGGCUGGCUGGGGUACUUGCUACAGGGGAGCUUUUCCUCUGGAACAAAGAUCAAGAUUGUUUGAAAACUAUACAAGCAACUGAAAAGCCUAAAGAAAUGAUUAAAGCUGCAGUAGCAAGCUCUUUGAGACUGUACGUGUAUGUAUCUGGCAAUGGGAAAAGAGUUCUGCUUAUAACUCCUUCUGGAUGCAUAUUUCUUUGGGAAUAUUUGGAAUUCAAGAAUAUCUUAUCUUCUAAAAGCCCUUCAUUGGUGGGCCAAUGGUCCCAGAUCACACCUGAAGAAGCAGUUCAUUUGCCUUCCACUGAAGAUAAAGAAGCUGUAGUGCAUGCUGUCUUUAUAAAAAAUGAGUUAUUUGGAGACUGCUGCUUGUGUUCAUUUACUUUCUAUUCCGGGGAAUGCCUGAAGUUAACAUUUCUAGCAAUUCGGUGGCAUGAAAAUGUAUUUACAUCUAUAAGAUCAUUGACAUACCAUGUUCAGUGGGCACAACAAGAUUGCCUUCUGUGCAGUCUGAUUCCUAAAUGUGAAUCAGUAAAGUCAAGAGGAGCUCUAAUUUCUGCAUUUUCAAGAGAUGGCAUUACCCUGGCAGUAACUCUUAAUCAGAAAGACCCAAAGGCAACUCAGGUAUUAUUUAUAAACACACUGAAUUUUGUUACACUCUGUGGUAGCCUUAAAGGAUGUAGUAAUAAGAAUCCUGUGGUUCCAGCUACACUUAUCAGGUCCUACUGGGUAGGUGAUAUCAGCUGGACUCAUGAUAGUCUUUUUCUGGCUUGUGUGUUAAAACGUGGCUCCCUGGUUUUAUUGACCUGCCAAGGUGAAUUGCUAACGUUAAUUACAUUUGGUUGCUCUAUAGAAUUUGGGCCAGCAGAAUUUAUUCCUCUUCACCCACUAAUAACAUAUAGACCACAGCAGUUUACACUUCAAGAUUCAGAUAAUUCUGUAGAUUCAUCAGCUUCUGAUAGUGACCCUAUGAGACAGAGAUUUUCUAUAAAAGCACAUUCACGGUUACCCUACCUCAUUAUUUCUGAUGGAUACAUGGUCACAACCCUUCGAUUUCUUGAUAAUCUGUCUCCAUCAGAGCUCAUGAGAUCCCUUCUACUUGAUUCAACACAGAGGCUUGAGAAAACAUACCAAAGUUUGAUAUUGUCUAAGCCAAAAGGCCAAGGGCUGAACUUGCAAUCACUGGAUUCCCUAAGAUCUAGCUUGUUAAAACACCACGGAAAUGAAAAUUUAGCUGAUUCUACUGUUCCCAGAUUCUUGCAGGCAGAAGAAACAAUGAAGUUAAAUGGAAAAACAGCAGAUUUGCAGGAUUUUGAAGCUGAAGAAACUAAUGAAGGCGAACAUUUUCCAAACAACUUAUUUUCUUUUUGGAACCAAAAGAAGGAUCUAUUGUUUAGUAGUGCCAAAGAAGGAAGACUGGAAUUUGCUUCUAUGUUUGAUACCAUACAUGCAAAAGAUAAUACUGAGGAGACAGAUAAAACUGUUACAGAACUGCAUUCUGUCCAGAAAAAUCUCCUUGCAGCAUGGACUAUAGGAAUUUCAAAAAAUGUGACAGAAAAAAAUUUAAUGUUAAAUUACACAGUAGUUUGUAUCACUCAUUUUUUGUACAUUCUUCAAUUUAUAAAAUGUCCUUUCUCCAAACUUGAUCUUUUUUUAAGCAAGAGCCCAAGACAUAAUGCAUGGGUACUUUGUAUCUUUCAACUUUUUCAUCAGUGUUUAUCAAUCCAGUACUGGGAUAUGAGAUACAGACAAGAUGUAGGACAUUUGGUAAAGCUGACCUCAAAUACUAUAAAGCUUUUGCUGACACAGCAACAACAGAAUCAGUUAUUCUCAAAGAAGCUUUUAGCCUGUUUUCAUUUACUCAGAAUGGUAGCUGAUCAUUUAAAUGGCGUAUACAGUCUUCAACCAGAAGUUAUUUCAGCAUCAACUGAUGGAAGUAGAACAGCAAAGCAAGACUCAUUGGUGGUACCCAUUUUUCAAAUGUUUCAAGAUAGUGGUGCUCGGAAAAACUGGUCUUGGAAUUCGUCUUUCAAGUUUCGUCCUCAAGUAUUAAAUUUUGUUCAACAGCCAGGACACAGAUUGAUUGUUCUCUGGAGAGUAUUGUACAGAAAAACUUUAUGGUAUCAAACACAAUUAAGUCAAAGCGUUCCUGAAGAUGACAUACAGUUAACUGAAAAGAUGACACAUGAAGCAUCUACUGUCAAGUCCCUGUUAUGUCAUAUACAGGCUAAAUUGCAGACUGCUGGAGUUCUCUUGAACCAGACCUUAGAACUUAAAUCUAUCAAUGGGGAAGAGUGUUUCCUAUUAGGAUCAUAUGAAAAGUCUGUUCAACUAUGGAAGAAAGCUCUUCAAGAAACCCAAGAGAAAGGAGGAAGAAGGAUAUGUUUUCUUCAGAUACGCUAUUAUCUUUCCCUUUUGUACUGCCACCUCUAUAACUAUAAUUUAAAUGAUGCUCAAGGAUUAUGUGAUCAGCUAGUACGAGAAAUACUGAUAUGGUCCCACCUACCUGUAAAGGAAGAUGAAGAUUGUUCAGUUCCUGAGAAGUCUCAUUGUGAGUUUGGAGUGACUGGAAAUGUUCAUCCUGAAGCGGCAGUGAGGGUUAUCCAGUCCAUGGCUCGCUUCAUGGCUUCCUAUUUCACCAAUCAGCUGCUUUGCAUUUUGCCACCUCACAAUGUGAAUGUUCUUCCUCCCCUUCAUGUUAAAACAGAGCAGCCCUUUCGACUUAUUCCUCUGCAACACUCGAAGGUGGCCAGUGUUGUUAGAGAGCAGAAUCUUUCUAAUGUGUGGACAGUUGAAUAUGCCCUUGAAUUAUUAUUUAUUGGUGGCCUGGUUCCAGAAGCUGUGUGGUUGGCACAGAAACUUGGAGACUGGAAGACGUCUGUUUCCAUUGGUGUGGCCUUGCAGCUGUUCUGUAAACAUGAUAGCAAUUUCACAAGGUCCAGGAAAAAGGGUCUGAAUCUACCGUUAAAUAUGACUCCAGCACAGAUUUUCCAGGAAAAACUGCAGUGUUUUUUAGGUCAGCCGGCCUCUUUGGAAGCAAAAAAAGAAAUGGGCUCAAAAUACAAACAGUUUACAGAUCCCAUUGAAGAAGAAGAUGCAGAUCUGCUAUUUGGUUCCGUGCAGGAAGUACUGAAAGCAGCAGUUAUGGCUGAUGCAGAUAUUCUUUCAGAGACAUUUCAGCUUCUGAUAAACUCUGCCAAGGACUUCAGUCAGAGACUGUGGGGCUUAGUGCCCGUCGGCUUGUAUCUUCCAGCUCCUCCAUUAUAUUGUCCUCAGCCAGCUGUUCUUAGUGAAGAAGAUGGUGAUGAUCUUCUUUUAAAAGCUGAAAAAGAUAAUCGCCAAAAGGUGUCUGGAAUCCUUCAACGUGUUCUCUUGCUUUUCCGGGCAGCUCGGUGUUCUUUUCCUGUAGCACAGUGGUACAUCUUGCAGUUGAGAUGGGCAAGAAAAGUCAUGCAGAAGAUUCGAAUGAAAGGAUCCCUUCCUUCAUUGAGUCCUUUCCCUCAGUCGUUACUUAAUUUCUGUAAAGGAGGUGUAGCAUUCUUUCGACCUGGGACAACUGGAGACCACAAGCUUGAUGAAGUGUCCAUUAAAGCAAUAGGUUGCUUCAGAGAACUUUGUGCUUUGUGUUGGAUGCUGCACGUCCGUGAUAAGUUAUCCUAUAGUUGCAGGCAAUAUCAGAAGGCAAGGGAAAAUGUGGAGGGAAAAAAGGACCUCGAAGUGAAGUUUGAUUCUUGUAUGGUUGAGCACUGUCUCAGUGCAGUGGAAUGGGCUUGUAGAAUGCUACCGUUCUCGCGGUUUUCCAAUAUUGAAGAACUUAUUCAGGAUCUAAUUUUGAGCCUCAUUGGAGAACUGCCACCAAUCAGAGAGGUAGCAGAAAUUUUUGUGAAAGCGUUUCCCAAUCCUGAGGACAUAAGGGUUCCUGUAAGAGAAAAAUAUCACUCUCUUCAACAGAGACUCAGACACUAUGUUGUGAAAGGUCCCCAAACUCAGGAAAUGAUGUCUGUUAUCAUGCAUUCUAUCCAUAAAGUGAGGGUGAAAGCUCUGAAACGUGUGCAGAGAAAUAUAGGUUCUUUUGAGAUGAAUAUAUGGGAACCAACUGAAGAAGAAAAACCAGCUGAGGUUCUAGGUUUUGACAAGUUUUCCUUGGGAACUAGUUUGAGCAGGAGCACACUCACAGAACCAGGGAAUUCUGUGGUCCACAGUGAUGCAGAUACAGCUGAUACUUUCUCAGAAGCUUUGUUGGCUGGAGAAAAAAGUAGGAUACAUUUCUCUCAAAGAAAUGCCCCAAAUCACAUGGAAUUAACCUUGAGUGGUGAGCCCAAUGGAAAAAAGAAAAUAUGUAAUCAGAAGGAAAACCCUAAAAGAAAAGAAGAUCAUGAAAAGUUGUCACAAAAUGCACUUCCUGUAAUAGGUGUUUGGGAAUUUGAAUGUGACGAUGAUGAAUAUAUUAAAUUCCUUGAACUCUUCUUGAGUUAUGUUCUUGAAAGAGACCUACUUGGUUCCAAGGAUGCUGGCAUUCCAUUUCUAACUAGCUUUUCUGGACAUCUUAGAGAACAUGAACUUAAUUCUUUACUUUUUGAUGUACAUACAACAUUAAAACGACGUCAGGGCAAAACCAAAAGCCAGAAUGUAUUUAGAGCUGGCUCUUGCUUUGUUGUUGCUCCUGAGUCGUAUGAGUAUGAAAAAUCAGAAAACCAGACACUUUCAGCUUCUGUACUGGUUAAUCAAGGGAUCAGGCCUUUUUUAGAGAACCCUUUGAAUGAAGUCAGUAAAAAUGAAGGGAAGAGUGGGUUGUUUGGUUUAAAACAGAAGUCAUUUUACAGAAUACAAGAUGACAACGCAGAGAAAACUUUAAUACAGAGAUGGUCAAACCAUAGUUUUUGCACUCCCAAGUCUGUUGAAACUAGAAGAUGUAUUUUCAAAGCAAUUCAACGCAAUGAUAUUAACCCUCGAGAAGAUCUUCCUCUAGCACUAAAUAACACAUUUGGCAGUAUAAGAAGGCUGUUGGAAUGGAUGAUAAGAUGGUCUGAUAGAAGACUGCUCUGUGAUUUUGGUCUCACUGCGUCAUCCUGUGAGUACAGUCCCGUCAUUCGUGUAAAGACCUCUACAGCUGCCAUUCUUACAUCAUUGUGGCUUUUGAAACAACCCUAUUUUGCUACAUAUAAGGCAAAAAAUGCCAUUAUUAAGGUGCUAGAGAAUAAUUACCCUGAGCCUCAGAAUGGACCCAAUAUAGAGAGUGAUUAUAAAACAGAUGCUGGUUGUUCUGUUGCAGUAUCCACUCAAGGUGGGAGUGAGGAAAGAAAUGAUCAGAAUGAAUCUUGUCAAAGUAUCUUAAAUAGAAUGCCAACUGAAGUAAAAAAUCCCGAAAUAAAAGGAACCGAUGAUGAAAUUAUUUCUGUCACUGAUGAUACUGAAAAAGUAUUUGUAGAUACUGAGGAGGAUCUUUUAGAAGUAGAAACUUUUGCACAGGAGGAAAUGGAUAUAUACCCAUCAGACUAUGAAGAGGAUGCCAAAGAAUCUGUUGGAAUUGUUAAAAGUCCCAGUAUUGCGUCUUACAUGCAGAUGCAGACCUUACCACAGCAUUUAGAAGAACAUUCCACAGGAGAGGUUCAGUGUCCAAGGGAAGAACUGUUAGAGACAUGUAUGGAGGAAAAAUCAACUGAACAGAAAGGUAUGAUCGAAGGCUUUAUAGAUCCAGAACACAUCACUCCUCAUUCAUUUGGUGUAGAUACAAGUUCAGAAGUUUCUAGUGCACGGAUCUCUGCAUGUAAAGAUAAAUCUUCCUCAGCUCCGCCUUUGGUAUCAAAUAGAGUCACUGUUGCUUCACAAACACCUGGGCCAACAGCUCAGCCAGCCCAGAGAAACGAACCCAGGGCUCAGUUAUCACAUUAUUCCGAUUCUGUUAGGGAAAUGCUCCAAGAUGAAAUGUUUAAAUUAGUUCAGCUGCAACAGAUCAACUUCAUGAGCCUAAUGCAAAUAGUAGGAUCAUCCUUUGCUAACCUCCCAGACAUACAUCAACUUCUACAGCAGUCUCAGUCUGUGCAUUUGGUGGGAAGCCAAGGAUCAAACCCCACAAGAGGGAGUAAUGAUGUUGAAGACACCAGUAGAAAUCUGAAGGAGAGAUUUUUCGUUAAACCACAACCCAUGGGAGAGUACACCAGAGAGCCUGGCAAGAACAGCCCACACUGCCAUAAAGGAAUUGUGCAAUCUGAUGAAAAUAGUAAUGGAAAUUUACAGAAUGUUCCACAUAGGAAUGUUCCUUUUUGUCAAUUAGAAGGCCAAACCCAGAAUAGAGGACUAACUCCAGCAUCUCAGAGCUUACCAACCACUUCAUUGUCUCCAGCCCCUGCUGGAAAUACUCACCUCCACCUUUUGUCCACGUCUUCUGCCAUUCUGAAGACACCUGAACUUAUCCCCACUGCAAAAACUUUCAGACCUGGUGAUGGUUUUCCUUUGCUUCAAUUUCAGCCCAAGCCUGAAUUUAAGCCCCUUUCCUUCCAUACAGAAAGAGUUCCUCAAGUUCCCUUCAGUCCUCCGCCACAGCCAAGAGUGGCUUGGGGAUUAUCUGAUUUCUUCCAGCCUCCUUUGCCAAAGAGAGCAAUGGACACUACUUCAAUGUCCCAUUUGAAUUUGAGCCAGUAUAAUACUGAAGCCAUAAAAAAAGCAGUUGAGCAGAAGAAAUGGGCAGAAACAAUAAUUACAGAAAUUCCUAAGCAUGUGAACUUGGAUCAGUAUGUUGGACAAGAAAACUUGACACCUCAGCAGGACUCUGCAACAUUUAUAAAACCAGAAAAACUGUUUGAUGUUAAGCCCGGGCCCUUUGAGAUAUCUCCUCAGAAUUCUUUUGGACUUCCAUUAUUGCACCUGCAACUUAAACCUCCUUCUGUAUUUUCCUCUGCCUCAAGAGCAUCAGUUACAGUUCCAUCAAUACCUAUUAGAACUGUAGCAGAAGAAAGCAAAUACCCAAGACUAUCACUACUUCAUUCAUGUCUAUCCCAAGAAAAUAUGUACCAAAACCCACAACUUAUUCCACUCGAAAACCUUAUUGCAUUUAAACAAAUGCAACAAAAAUUAACGCAUAAUUUAUUUGAACAAGGCGGUCCUGGACACCUCCAGCUUCUACAAGUCAAAAUAGAAUCAUCUGAAUUGAGACAAGGAAAGGACAGUAAAAAAAGACAAAGACGACGAGCUGAAAGAGAGCUGCAAGAAAAAAGAUCAGAGAAACUAAGGAGAAAACCAAGUGUGACUUUCCAACCAGAGGAUUUCAUCAUUAAUGAUAAUGAUUCAGAAAUAGUUAUGAAGCCCAAGGAGCAACAAGAACAUCAUGGUUCCCAGCCUUUGGAAGACUUUGACAUUCCUUUUGAAAAACUCCAGGAUAAUGUUAAUACUUCAGCUGGAUUGCAUUUCAUGGCCUCUGUAAAAAAGAAAGUUAAAGGAUGUCAGGAUGCAAGUACAAAUACAGACCCAGAUAAAGAUGCUGGUUCUCAAGAAGUUGUUUCUGAAUGUCAUAAAAAUCAGCAAAUCAUUUCUUCCUCAUCAGAACAUGAAUCUUUCAGUGUUCCUCAACUUUUGGCACCAGAUGUAUAUCUGAAUCUCAAACUUUCCACUGAAAUAUCAGAGAAACCUCUGUCACCUUCAGCAAGUGAAACGAUUGGGCACACUUACAUAAAUGUGAUUGACAUUGAAGCUGAUGAUCUACACAAAUUACCUGUUAGAGAAGAGCCUUCAGAUGAUAAUAGUAUCAAACAGCAAAGCGAUCGUCUAGAAGUCCCAUCUUCUGCAGAACUACAUUACAUGGCAGCUUCAGUUACUAAUGCUCUUCCCCUGCACAAUUUUAAGGGUCAAGAAUCUGGCAAUUCUGCUAUGGAUUUAUUGUUUAAACCUGCAGAAGUGUCUCCAACCUUUCUGGAUGGAAGAAGCUGGAGAGCAGGCAUUCCAGAAGUGAAGGAGCCUUGCAUCACCUCACCUCCACCAUCAGACAUACAGCAGGACAAAGAUACUCCGAAGCCAGAUCUUCGAUUCAAGGAACGAAGCUCAAAGUCAGAUGCCUCAGAUUACCCGCUGUGGGAACUACUACAGGAUGUCUCUACCACUCGUCCUGCGCCAAGCUCUGCAGCUCGCCGGCUAGAGCAUCUCACCUCAAAGCUUCAGAAAAUUGAUGAACAGCUGUUAGCAAUACAGAACAUUGCUGAAAACAUAGAGCAGAAUUACCCGAGACGUAUCAUGCUAGACCGACAUUGUAUUAAGGUUGAACCUGUAGAUCACAUUGAGCUGUCUUCUGGCCCCGAAUCUGAAAAAACACUGCCUUCAAAAACCAUUCACAUUCCUGAAGAAGUGCAUUUCCUGACUCAUACGAAUAAAGAAGAUCAAAGGGACAACGAACAGAUUUCAGUAAUGGAAACUCAUCCUAGUCAGAAAACCUGUGUGUUUCCUUCUGCCGAUUCAGCUGUCAGCCUUUCCAGUGACCAGAAUUUGACUUCUCCUGGUGUGAAUAACAGUGAUGAAUUAUUUGAGAGUGUUUCAGUAGAUCCACUCCAGAUGAGUGAACUGACUGAUAUUGCAGACAUUAUCAAUGACCUUAUAACAAAAGAUGGAGUUUCCAGUGAAGAGCUUGGCUUAACAGAACAACAGGCAAGGAGCAUCUCCAGGAUUCAGCAUUCCUCUGGUAGACGUCCACAAAGAACUGAGAAGGAGAGAAAAGAGAUUCAAGUCUGGAUGAAAAGAAAACGAAAAGAAAGAAUGGCAGAGUACUUAAAUCAGCUAGCAGAAAAGAGAGGGCAAGAAUAUCAUCCUUUCUGCCCCAGGAGCAACCCAUUUUACAUGACUUCAAGGGAAAUCAGGCUGAGACAAAAGAUGAAGCACGAAAAAGACAGAUUGCUGCUCUCUGACCACUAUAGUUGUCGAAUCUCACAAGCAUACAGUCUGAUGAAUGAACUGUUAUCUGAAUCAGUACAGCUUCCAGCAACUGCACAGAAACCAUUGCCUAACAAACCCAGACCUGCUCAAAUUCCCAGAAGGCAACGCUCCCUUUCUCCAAGAGGAGAGAAUCGACAUGAUCACAAUUUUCCAAUACAUAGACCUGGAAAAGUCAGAUAUAUGUCCAUCAAACCAAGUUAUACCCAAAAGGGGAGACUUUUGGGGCAAACUCAAGGCUCACCCUGGCCAUGUGGAACUGCUACUUUUACCAUACAGAGGAAAGCUGGUGGAGCCAAAGGGGCAGUAAGAAAGGCUGUGCAGUCUCCAGUUACCGUCCGAAAAGAUUCUUUCAGUGUACAUCACAUCUCUCUUCAGCUGUGUCUAAUCUGCUAUUUAACUCAUUUAUCAAGUUUUAAUGUCGAUGGCUAUACCUCCUAGAAAUUCUACUUGGUCCUUUCCAUACUUUCCCCCACUGUAUGCAUUAAAACCCAAGCCUCCAGUUACUGGGAUUAAUUUGAGUCCUAGAAGCAUCAUCUCCUGUGCUUUUAAUUUUAUAAUCCCAGGCUAGUUUUUUUCUUUCAAAGUUUCUCAUUUUAAUCUUUUGUUACGAUGUUUUCUAAUUUAGAAUACCCCAUAGCUUUUUAUUCUUUUCUAAGCAAAUAUGGAGCAAUGUUUAUUUUAACAGAUAAAAUGCCCCAAAAUACAAUGUUACCCCUAAAAAUAGCUGAAAUUAUAUGUACCUUUGUAUUGUAUUAUGAAGCCUCCAGAGACUCAGGGUUUUGUGUUCUUGAAGUGAGUUAUGACCUAGCAUGAGGCCUUGCCCAUAGAAAGGCAAAGAGAAGUAUUUCCUUCAUUGUUCAGUGUCCAGCGCCUGAGAGUAUGACUCCAGGUUUCUAGCUUGGGUAUUUGUCUAGACUGUGGCCUAAUAAUUGGUCCAGGUUGGGCAAGAGGAGGAGCAGGGUUUUUUUCUAGGGGAGAUGGAGCUAAUGGACUCAGGGUUACUGUUCAGUUUCAGACUCCUCAGGCAAGACUAUAGAGUUAUUUGGCAAUAAAGAAACAGAGGUGGCAUUCACUCUCCUACAGAGAAAGAUGCUACUUUAGGGGAAGCUGGUGCACUUGCCCACUAGUUUCCACUCUGGGGUUUCUUCUUGAUAUAUCACUUACCUUUGACCUUAGAAAGCUUUCCCUGGCCAUGUUGGGGUAGGAACACCCCACCUGGAGAAGCUUUGCACGUGCUCCGUUUCACAGAAUUUUUUUCAUAUUGUAUUUUUAUCUCAAAAUUGGAUAUCCCAAAUAAGUCUAGAGAAAUGCACCUUGAUCUGAAGCAAAGGAAUUUACAAAGCCAUCCCUGUGUAAAGCAAGGUGAGAGAAAGCCAGUGAUAGCCUCUCGAGGUUUGUAGAUACCCCACAGGUAAAAGUUUACCCUAAAAUGUAGGCUUAUUAACCUUAGUAUCAGCCGACUUGGUGAUGAUCUAUCAUUCUUUCUAGAUGGCAGUAAUUAUGUUCAUUUGACAAAACAAGAGUAGCAAAGAUUAGAUACCAAAUUAAUUACAGCGGAGAUAGGGGUGGGAUCAGUUAAUGGUCACAAUCUUUGCUAAUCUCUUAUCAUACCUGGAAGACUUGAAGGAACAACUUCAGCACCUCGCCUCCAUUGUUUCCAUCUACUCUGGAGGGACAGCUUACCCUUGUAGUCACAAUACUGCUUAACUACCUGUUGGUUUCUCUUCUUUUUAUCCUCAGUCUCAACCUUUUCUGUUUUACCAGCUGUUUUUUUUUUUAAACACAGUGUGUUCACAUGUGCAUUCCAAUUGUGCAUUCAUAGAUAUUUUUUCUUUCACAGUUUUUCAAAAAUUGUUCCUUAGUAAUAUUUACUGAAAUAAUUAUUUUAAUAUGAAACUUUCAGUCACACCCCAAAAUACUCAGUGGUGUCUUUAAAUAGCAGAAAAAAAAGUCAGCCCUUUUUCAACUAGAGCACAGUCCUCACAUUGGAUUCUAAAAUGGUGACCACGGGUGCUACAGGAUGAUGUUAACCUUACUUCUGUUUCAGACCCUUGGGGCUAAUCAAAAGAAGAAUCCCUAAGCCCUCCUAUACUGCCACCCUUCUCCCUGUAAUCCAAGAAGCAAGCUAUUGGAAAGCUGCUGCCUUGGGGAUCCAGAUAAAUAGACCUGUUUCUCACUUACAGAUGUGAAGAUUAUCCGAAAGAGCCCUCUAAGUACUAUUCUUCCCUCUCCCAAAAGAACAGAAAGUUAACAUAUUAGCUCAGGUUCUGGGCAUAGAUCAUCUCUCUCAUCUUGGGCAAAUUACAUAACCCCCUAAGCCUCACCUUCCUCAAAUGCAAAAUGGGGAUAGUAACUGUUUCCCCACAGGACUUUCAUGAAGAGUAUUUAUUCUGCAGCAGUCUGUUGAGCUCCUGCUACUUACCAGGCACUGUUAGUCAGGAACAACGCAGAUGGUAGCACAAAAAUAAGAUAUGGGAGACCUUGAAGGUCUCUUUUAGGGGAGGUGUCAUUGGAGUGAAGAUGCUGAAUGUUGAAAAGGGGGUUGUCAUGUAACAAUAAGGAAGAGCAGUUCCAGGCGGAGAGAAGAGCAAGUUCAAAGCCCUGCUACAGAGGCAACCUUGAUAGAUUGCCUGGAUUGGAUUUUACUCUGCAUCCAGUGGGACUCCAUUGGAGGGAAUUAAGCAGGGAGAUAAUAUAAUUUACAUUUUAGAACAUGUGGGAGAAAAAGAACAGAAGGCAGCGGACAAGCACAGAGAUAUUCCUUGGACUAGGGUUAUAAUAAUAAAAAUGGGGGGAAGUCAUUCGAUUUGGAAUAUAGAGCAUUUCCCGGAAUAGGGCAGAAAUUAACAGUUUGACUUUGGACAUGUUAAUAUUGGGAUGUUCAUUGCACAUCCAAGGCAAGGUGUCAAGAAGGCCGUUUGCCCUAUGAAGCUAAAGAUACAGGUUUGAGAGUUGUCAGCAUGUAGGUAUUUCCAGCCAUGGAACUAGAUGAGGUCAGCGAGGGAGGAUGUAGAUGUGUAAGAAGACCAAUGACCAGGUCCUGGGGCUCUCUGGUAAUUCAGUGGACUGAAUGUAGGUAGCGUGCAUAGCCCAUAGUAAAUGCCAAAAUGUGUACUGCUGUUAUUUGGGGGCGGGGGGGGUGCUUAUUUCUUGGAGGUAUCCUUAGCAUGAGGUUGGUAGAGAGAUGAAAGACCAGGUGGCCCAAACUUUAGCACUCUGUUACCUCUUCUUCCCCUCUUCAAGGAGCCACAGGCAUGCUUGUUGGGAGCUGAGUUUACUUCCCAUCGUAUACCCCACAUAUACACCCAUCUCAGGUGUUUCUUCAGGUCACCCAGUAGGGGUAGAAUGUGCUGUAAUACUGGCUUUGGAACAUGAAGUGUGUUAGGUGGGGCCAGCUCCUCCAGGCCUCGUGCAGAGAAGCGCUGUCAAUGGGCCGAUGCGCUAAGCUGCCUGUGGGCGCGAGCUGGGAUCAAUGUUUCUUUUCAGCAAAUACUGAUAUUCAGGAAGGAGGAAGGGGGCCAUAAUGUGUGGCUACUGCACUUACCUUGAUGACUAUGCCCAAAGGUGAAUUGUAGCUGUGAAGCGUGAGUGGCGAUGCCGAGAACAUCACUCCUGUGAAGCUUCCACAAGACUUUCCAUAAGAGAGGCAAGGAAGGCCCAGCUCUCUGAGUUCAUCCAGCUUUUAACUUGGAACUUCUCCAGAGUUCCAUUUUUUUUUUUCUGUGGCCUCUCCUCCCUGGACUCUCUUGUCCUAGAGGUUACUGUUGCUUUUUUUGUUUGUUUUGUUUUGU